AUGAGGAUUUCUUGGUAUGUCUUUUGCUUUUCUUUGCUCUUCUGCGCGCUGCUUGGGGACUGUUUUGGAGUUGCGUUUGUGCCCAAAGACAAACGUGGUUGGACCCUGAACAGUGCUGGAUACCUGCUGGGACCCCCACUUCUUCCCUCCCACUCUCCUCUCCCCAAAGCAGAUGCCCACCAGACAUUGCCUGAUAAAGGAGCCUUGGCUGGGAAGCGAGAUGCAGCUGAGGACUUGUACUCUGUGGGGCAGGAGUCUGUGGCACCUGUUCUGCAACCUUCUGACUACAGCAUCCUCCAGACGCUGAUGGAUUUUCUCUCCUACCUGAAUCUCCGAGAUCAAAGAGUGAUUGGACGCCUGCCCCUCCAGAUGUCAGAAGAAUCGAUGCAACAGUAG